AACAUUUUUUUUGCUAUUUUUAUUAUUUUAUCACAAUGGCUUUGCUUCCGAAAACCAGUGAACUUGAAUUUCAACAGAAGGUUCUUCAUCAAAAAAGAAUUGAGAAACCUUACCGACUCACACCGUACAUUGUUACUAUUUGUGAAGGAACAAUUUCAGAAAUCGACAUCCGAAACUUUUUGGAGGCCGGUCUUCGGAUAGUAAGAUUCAAAAUGACCCAUAUUGCUAGAAAAGAUAAGGUGGUAUUGCUCUCAAAUCUAAGAAAAGCUAUUACAUGGUGCUGCGACAAAUACGAACAGUCUACUUGGCCAGUUGCUGUGUCCAUUGAUUUGCCGAAUGCCUGUAUAAGAACUGGAUAUUUGAAAGAUGAAAUAAACAAAAACAGAAUAUUCUUAGAAGAAGGUAAAAUAAUUGAAGUUACAGCCGAAGUUAAAUACUGGAACCAGUGUGAUGAAAAAAGAAUGUUUAUUGACGACCCAUUCACCCUUGAAACGGUCAAACCUAACACCGAAAUAAGCAUCAAUUUUGGUGCAAUUACAAUGAUUUGCACUGAAGUUAUAAACCCGAUAAGUAUUAAAUGUAAAAUAGUCUCCGGUGGAUACCUAUCACACGCACAAUUUGUAUGUAUAAGAGGAACCAGACUUUUAAGACCAACCUUAUCAAGAUUGGAUAAGCAACUGCUCGCAUUUGUUAAAGAAUAUGAGCUAGAUGUAAUCACAGUUCAUUCUAUUCGUACAGCGAAAACUUUAGGGAAAGUGCGUGCCUUUUUUAAAGGCUGUCAUAUGCCAAUGAUCAUAAGCACAAUAUGUGAGCAAGAAGGACUAGAUAACUUAGAUGACAUUAUUGCUGCAUCAGAUGGAAUCAUACUAGCAAGAGAAUUUCUGGCCGAGUUUUUGGUAAAACCAAAUCAGUUGAUAUCUAUACAAAUGUACAUUAGUGCAAAGUGUAAACAACAAGGAAAACCAUUUUACUUAUCUGGCAAUGUAUUGGAAGAGCAUCUGAAACUGGGCAUUAUAUCGUGUAGAGAACUUAAUGACGUCACAAAUGCAGUAAUGCAAGGAGCCGGCUUUGUACUCAAGAGCUACGCUGACGCCACCAGCCUUUUGGAUUCUAUGAACCAUUUGAACUCGGUUUGCAAACUGGUUGAAACUAUGACUCAGCAAGACGAGAUGAGUUUCUGGAGGUUAUGCUUAGAUUUACCACCACCAGUGACAGCAGUCGACGCCAGCAUCCUAGCGUGUGCGAUAACAGCGAGACAGUCAGGGUCAGUCGCAGUGGUGGUCUUGACAGUGACCGGCAAGACGGCUGUGCAGCUGGCCAGGUUGUCGCCAGACGCUAUCAUAUUGAGUGUCAGCGCCGACCCCAGGGUGUCCAGGCAACUCCAGCUGUACCGCGGCAUCAUACCUAUCACUUAUGACCAAAAAUCAGUGAAAGACUGGUACGGCAAUAUAAACGCUCGUGUCGAGUUCGCCGUCUCCUACGGCUUGACGCACGACCUUCUGAAGUACAGUCAGAUGUACGUCGUGCUGCGCAAAGGCAGUCCUUCUAGUGCCUACUGCGACCACGUCAGCCUGUGGAAGGUGGUCGUCGAAGAAACCAAAAAGAAAGGACUUGAUUGCCCUGAACAUGCGUCAGAUCCUGUCCGUCAUUAUCACAGUCGUCUUAGAAGAGACACCCAAGCAUCAAUCAUGGGGCCAAAAGCAGAUAUGAUCAAGUUUGCUGACGUGGACUUUGGGAAAGCUGCUGUCGUACGUCAAGACCCAUAUAAGCAAAGGAGAAGCCCCAUUAUAGCUACUUUAUCGGAUGCAAAACUCACCCCAGUAGACAUCCAGAAGAUGAUGGAAGCGGGCAUGAAUGUGGCCAGAUUCAAGAUGUCGAAUACAACAAAAGGGGAGAAGAUGAGGAUGCUUGGAAAGGUGGAUAGAGCGGCCUUGAAUCUGUGCAAGAAAUUUGGGGUGAAAGACUGGCCCAUCGCCACUUGUUUGGACCUGAAAACUUGCGUGGUCAAGACUGGCUUGCUUGAAGAGGAAGUAAAUUCCAUCCCAAUAGCAGAAGGUUCUCACAUUCUACUCACAUAUAACUUGGCAGAUUUUGACAGUUGUACCGAAGAGAAGAUAUUCGUCGACAACCCAUUCUUGACCACUGAAGUCAAGGUUGGCAUGGAAAUAUCUAUAGGGCAAGAGGAACUGAUACUACAUUGUACAGAAAUAGUAAAUAAUAAGACCAUAAGAUGCAUAGUGUCUAAGGGUGGCAAUUUGUUUAAUAUGGAAUAUGUGUCAAUGAGAGGAGCCAAGCGUCAAAAACCAUUGCUGGGCAAACGGGACUUUCAAAUUAUUCGGUUCGCUAUCGAGUAUCAGGUAGAUAUAAUACUUAUAAACUACGUACGCGAAGCAGAAACAUUGAGGAAAAUAAAAAAGUACAUUGGACGUAAAAUAAAAAGACCCAUUCUGAUAAGUGGAAUAUGCACGCAACAGUGUCUGGAUAACAUCGAUGAAAUAGCAAAGGAAUCCGAUGCCAUUGUAUUAUCCAGAGAAUUUCUGCCUUACGAACUGGAGCCAUCCAGACGAUACAAAUUGAGUCAAAUACAAAAGUGGCUGGCAGCAAAAUGUCAAUCGCAUGGAAAACCUUAUUACAUAUCGGGCGGUGUUUUCCAAGACUCUCUUACAAAAGGCGAAUACAGUGAUUCUGAGGUAUCCGACGUAACGAAUGCCUUGCUCGAAGGAGUAAAUGGAUUUAUACUGAAGGAUUGCAACGAUACGGAAAACGUUAUUGAAACAAUAAAGUCCCUGAAUGAAUUGUGCCGCACGGUCGAGCCUUACACGCAUUCGAAGACAGACUUCUGGAGGCUUGUUGAUGAGGUGAAGAUGCCCCUAAACGCAGCCGAGGCAUGCAUGCUAGCAUGCGCAACGGUAGCCAACCAAUCGCAAGCGCGCGUCAUCGUCAUGCCCACCGUGACUGGUACCACGGCAAGAGCUCUCCUGCGCAUGAAGCUAGCCUGCCUCGUCAUCACCGUCAGCACGCAACCCAGCAUCACCCGCCUGCUUCAUACCUUCAGGUGUAUUGUGCCGCUCAUGUAUACAGGAAAACCAAAGAGUACUUGGAACCUUAACGUGGAAGCCAGGGUCCACUUCGCCAUAGAAUAUGCCGUGAAGAGGGGCUGGUUGACAUAUGGUGACACCUACGUGACUCUUCAGAGAGCCACCGAGGAGAGCUCCUUUUGCGACCUGGUCAGGAUUUGGCCAGUCACCAUCUCCAUAAAAGCUUUGGUCGAAUGUCUUGAUGAUGAAGAAGCUGAAGAGGCAAAACAUUCUUGAUAAUUUAUAUUUUUUAUGUGUACUAUUUGCAAUUCUAUGUAAUAA